CACCGCUGCGCCUGCCUGCUGUGAACGCGCCUGUACUACCAGAACAGAGGGAUUGCCCUGAUACUACGUGUCCAAAUAGUUUUAAUUAUUAGCCCUAGGAUAGGUAAUGUUUGUGUUCUGAAGCAAUAAAGUGCCCAUGAAAGGAGCACAGCUUUCAGCAUUUUAAAGUAUGGAAUUGACCUUAGUGCAAACAGCCCUUGUAACAGUGGAAGUAACUCUCCGUGUGUCACUGGUCAUGCAGAGGUGUAUUAGUGGUCAUGCAUGCAAAGGUGCUUCACUGCUCAGGGCCUAAGCUUUCAGGGUUGGUUUAUUUUGGUCUUUUGGUUGGUUGUAGGGCCAUCAGUGGUUUCAGAUAGUUCUACAAGACAUUGUCAGCAUAAGUGUUUUAAAAUGCCAGCUGUGUGUAUUUCUAGAAGUCGUGAUCCUACAUGUACUUGACCUGGCUUGGCUAGACUGUGGGUCUCUAAGUUGGAUCAUGCUUGCAGGCUUUUUGCUUGCCAGGGUAAUCCCAAAUUCCUGCCACUGGCAGUGGUAUAAGUCAUAUUCCUGUCUGUCAGCCCAGCACUACAGGCACUGCACCUGCAUCUGCACCUUGUGUUUAAAAAAUGAAGUGAAACAAAACCCUGACAUGCAAGUCCACUCUUUGGUUAAUGCCACACUGAGUACAAAAUACAAGACCUAAUCACAUAUUCUCACCUUAAAUGCCUGGUACCUCAGAAGUAGGGCAGGAAGAAUUUCUUUACUCUAUUAGCACCCUUAUCUGAACAGCACCAGAAUGAUCUGCUGGGGAACAGGAUAAUAAUUUCCUAUAUGGUUUCUUAUCUCUAAUCCAGGGCAGUGUAGGGAGCUGAAACAGUCCCAGGCCAUCAGAGGCAAGGUCUGUGGCUCCAUUUAGGGUUGUGUGUCAGCAGAUUUGGAUUGCUGAUGGGGUAAUUUUGGUAACCUUUGGUAUGACUGUGCAGCAGAUCACAGCUGCCCUUCUUGCAAGUGCAGCAGGAAAGUCUCCGGGUGUAGCGACUGGCAUGUACUUUUUCCUGUGUGAAAAGUGUGGGCUGUGUGCUGUGCAGGAGCCUGUAAGGGUUCUGUGAUGGUAUUGCCACCCUGCUGGCAUAUGGGCCCUGUGCCAGUUCAGCACUAGAGCUGGCUCAGGUAUGGUGGGCAAACUUCCUGUCACUGUCCUUGGAUACCAGAAUAGAACUCCACUCGCCUGUGUCCAUUUAAGAGCAACAGUCUGAGUUUUUAAUGCCUUUGUUGUGCCUGUAGCUAAAAGUUCUGUUCAUCAAGAGUCUGUAGUUGCUUGGUAUAAGUCUAUGGUAAGGAAUGUACUUUUAAGAAAAACUAGAAGAAGGUUCCAGUUAACCCUCCCCUCACACCUGAAAUCAUGAGGCUUUCCUUAUUAACAUCAUGGGCACACCUGUGCUAUCAGUGGCUGUCAGCUUCAGUGAGGCUCUGAGGUUUUGCUUGAUGUGAGUAUGAUGUGUCAUGGCCUUGAAACAGAGCUACAGAGCAAGGAAGAGGCUUUGUCUGUGGGGUAGGAGGAGGAAUAUAGAGAAGUUGUUGCUUUCUGAGUUCUUGGAGCAAAGGUUUUCCUGCUGCUUAUCUGUUUUUUUUCCAGGAGGGAGGGGAGAUUAAGGGAUUGGAGAAAAUAACCCUCUUCCUCCUUUUGCUUGGUUUGCUUCACUUCAUUAAAUCAUCAGCCUUCAAGCUGAUGGUAUACCUGCCAGGGGUUCAUUCUGCACUGGUAUGCUGAGGCAGCAGGACACAGGCGUGAGAACGGUUCCUGAGUAUGUUGGGAAUGCCACUCUUGUCCUCCUCUGGAGAUAGCAGGGCUAUGUGGAGUGCACAGUGAAUGCCUCUAGAGCCUGCUCUGCCGGCCCUGUUCCUCCCACUAGCAGCGAGCACUGGUGGUCUUCUUGAGCUGAAAGGAUGAAAAUUGGCAAUUGGAAAAUCACUGUCACUGACCUGAGCUUUAUCCUGACUUCUGGAGUCCCAGUUGAUGUUGUUGGGCAUAUGAGUCUGCAAGAGUGUCCCCUGUCCAUGAUUUAGGCAGCGGUUGGACAUGCAUCACUAGCGGGAUGGUCGCCCACCAAAGCUGCAAUGUCGUCCCUGACGACCUCCAGUGAGGGAGAGAACUCUGCUCCCAGGUUUGUUCUUGGUUCCAGAGAUGAUGAGACAGAAUUUCUGGGAUCAAACAUGAAGACAGACGAAACUGAUUUCUUUGAAGAUGACGAAGAGGAGGAGUCGCCUCCAGAACGGCAGAUCGUGGUGGGAAUCUGUGCCAUGACCAAAAAGUCCAAGUCAAAGCCCAUGACACAGAUUCUGGAACGUCUGUGUAAGUUUGAGUACAUCACAGUGGUGAUCAUGGGGGAAGAUGUUAUUCUGAAUGAACCGGUAGAAAACUGGCCCUCUUGUGACUGCCUGAUAUCCUUCCACUCCAAAGGAUUCCCCCUGGAUAAGGCAGUUGCUUAUGCCAAGCUGUGCAAACCAUUUCUGAUCAACGACCUUGAUAUGCAGUAUUACAUCCAGGACAGGCGUGAAGUGUAUCGGAUCCUUCAGGAAGAGGGAAUAGACCUGCCCCGCUAUGCUGUGCUCAAUCGAGAUCCUGACCGACCAGAAGAGUGCAACUUGGUGGAAGGAGAGGACCACGUGGAGGUAAAUGGAGCUGUGUUCCCAAAGCCAUUUGUAGAGAAGCCAGUCAGUGCUGAGGACCACAAUGUGUAUAUUUACUACCCGACAUCAGCAGGUGGGGGCAGCCAGCGGCUCUUCCGCAAGAUUGGAAGCCGGAGCAGUGUGUACUCCCCAGAGAGCAGUGUGAGGAAGACAGGCUCCUACAUUUAUGAGGAGUUCAUGCCUACGGAUGGCACUGAUGUAAAGGUGUACACCGUGGGGCCGGACUAUGCCCAUGCAGAGGCUCGCAAGUCCCCUGCUUUGGACGGGAAGGUGGAGCGGGACAGCGAGGGGAAGGAGAUUCGCUACCCGGUCAUGCUGACUGCCAUGGAGAAACUCGUUGCCCGUAAAGUCUGCGUAGCCUUUAAGCAAACCGUGUGUGGCUUCGACCUCCUGCGGGCCAACGGCCACUCCUUUGUUUGUGAUGUGAAUGGCUUCAGCUUUGUGAAGAACUCCAUGAAGUAUUAUGAUGACUGUGCCAAAAUCCUUGGAAAUAUAAUCAUGAGGGAGUUGGCUCCCCAGUUUCAUAUCCCCUGGUCCAUCCCAACGGAGGCAGAAGACAUCCCCAUUGUCCCCACUACUUCAGGCACCAUGAUGGAGCUUCGCUGCGUUAUUGCAGUCAUCCGUCAUGGAGAUCGCACCCCGAAGCAGAAGAUGAAGAUGGAAGUGAAACAUCCCCGGUUCUUUGAAUUAUUUGAGAAAUAUGAUGGUUACAAGACAGGAAAGUUGAAGUUGAAGAAACCAGAGCAGCUACAGGAAGUGCUGGACAUUGCACGGCAGCUUGUGGUGGAGCUGGGAACCCACAGCGAUUGUGAAAUCGAGGAGAGGAAAUCCAAACUGGAGCAGCUGAAGAGUGUCUUGGAGAUGUAUGGACAUUUUUCUGGCAUUAACCGUAAGGUUCAGUUGACCUAUCUUCCUCAUGGACAUCCAAAAGCUGCGAGUGAAGAUGAAGAGGCUCGCCGGGAGGCCUCCCCCUCGCUGCUGCUGGUGCUCAAGUGGGGUGGGGAGCUGACCCCCGCGGGAAGAGUGCAGGCUGAGGAGCUGGGCCGCGCCUUCCGCUGCAUGUACCCUGGGGGCCAAGGCGAUUAUGCUGGUUUCCCUGGCUGUGGCUUGCUCAGGCUGCACAGCACUUACCGCCACGAUCUCAAGAUCUACGCCUCGGAUGAGGGGAGAGUGCAGAUGACAGCAGCAGCUUUUGCAAAGGGUCUGCUGGCCCUGGAAGGAGAGCUGACCCCCAUCCUGGUGCAGAUGGUGAAAAGUGCCAACAUGAAUGGUCUGCUGGACAGUGACAGUGAUUCCCUUAGCAGCUGUCAGCACAGAGUGAAGGCUCGACUACAUGAAAUCAUGCAGAAGGAUGCUGAGUUCUGUGAAGAGGAUUAUGAAAAGCUAGCACCUACAGGCAGUGCUUCUCUGCUCAACUCCAUGACCUUUAUCCAGAACCCAGUUGAGGUCUGUAACCAGGUGUUCACCCUGAUUGAAAAUCUCACCUCCCAGAUACGAAAACGUCUGGAGGACCCAAAAUCUGCAGACCUGCAGCUGUACCACAGUGAGACUUUGGAACUGAUGCUGCAACGCUGGAGUAAGCUGGAGCGAGAUUUCCGCAUGAAGAAUGGGCGCUAUGACAUCAGCAAGAUCCCUGAUAUAUAUGACUGCAUCAAGUAUGAUGUACAGCACAACUGUGCACUGAAACUGGAAGGCACAACUGAACUCUUCAAGCUCUCCAAAGCCCUGGCAGAUGUGAUCAUACCCCAGGAAUAUGGGAUUAAUAAGGAGGAGAAACUGGAGAUUGCUAUUGGCUUUUGUCUUCCUCUCAUUAAAAAGAUCCAGCUGGACCUACAGAGAACUCAUGAAGAUGAGUCUGUCAACAAGCUACAUCCGUUGUACUCACGAGGAGUUCUGUCCCCGGGCCGCCACGUCCGCACUCGGCUGUACUUCACCAGUGAGAGCCACGUGCACUCCCUGCUCAGCAUCUUCCGCUACGGGGGCCUUCUGGAUGAAAACAAAGACCAGCAGUGGAAGAGAGCCAUGGACUAUUUGAGUGCUAUCUCAGAGCUGAACUACAUGACCCAGAUUGUUAUCAUGCUCUACGAGGACAACAACAAGGACCCCUCUUCAGAGGAGCGUUUCCAUGUGGAGCUGCACUUCAGCCCUGGUGUCAAAGGCUGUGAGGAGGACAGGAACAUACCCACGGGGUUUGGCUUUCGACCGGCCUCAGCAGAGAACGAGGACAAGAAGGCGGACCAAGGCAGCCUGGAGGACCUGUCGCGUGAGAAGGGCGGCGAUGAGGCAGAGCGCGCGCGGCAGAAGUCCCCGCAGCCCUCGGAGCCCGUCAGCAUCCAGCGCAGGUCGCCGCUGGUCAGGAGCCGCAAAACGGGAUCCAUGGAGGUGCUGUCUGAAUCUUCUUCUAAAUCAGGAGGUUAUCGCCUCUUCAGCACUUAUUCCAGGCAGUCUUCUGAGAUGAAGCAAAGUGGAUUAGGGUCACAGUGCACCGGGCUGUUUAGCACCACUGUGCUGGGAGGCUCCUCCAGUGCCCCCAACCUCCAGGACUACGCACGCAGCCAUGGCAAAAAGUUUGCCAGCAGCCUGACAUACAAAGACGAGCUCUUGUCUAUGCCAGCCGUAAAACGAUUUUCUGUGUCGUUUGCAAAGCAUCCGACUAAUGAUGUGUUGGAGCACCAGCACGUUGCCCAGUUGCUACGCCGUUUUUCCUCUGACUGUGCCGCGAGCCGGACCAUCUCCUUGGAUGCCACCCUAGCCCAUCACCUGCAGCAGUGCUCCUACCACCUGCGCCUCUUCAGGAGCUGGCUGAUCUCAGGGCAGGAUGACUUGGAGUGUCUUUACGGUUUUGAAGGCUGCUCCAUGGUUCCCACCAUCUAUCCCCUGGAGACGCUGCACAACUCGCUGUCUCUGCGGCAGGUGAACGAGUUCCUGACGGCCGUGUGCCGGAGCUGCAGCGAGCCGCACGCCCACUCCACCGCAGCUCUGUUUGAUUCAAUGAUUGGGAGCCAGAUCCCAGGAGACCCCUUCAUGUCCCAACGAAUCCUGUCGUCGUCGUCGCUGCCGCUGCGCCCGCGCUCGGACAAACCCCCUUGGUACAGCAGUGGCCCCUCCAGCACCGUCUCCAGUGCAGGCCCAUCCUCCCCAACUUCUGUGGACAGCUGUGCUCGUUUCAGCUUCACUGAGAAACUUUCCGUCAGCCCCCCAAAAAGUGAGGAGCAGCUGACCAGCCAGUCCCCUGAGCAGGAGGAGAGUCAAGCGCCACGCAGAGAGCCUGACGUGCGGGAGGGUGUGUCUGGGCUGCCAGCAGCAGAGCCAAGUGCCCCAGAGACCCUGGUCUGCAAUAAGGGCCCAGAGCCAGGCAGGAUUCUGGAGCUGGCAGGGGAGGAUGCUAACCCAGAAGAGAAGAGCAUGGGAGAGCGGGAUGAAGAAAAAUCAUCUGGGGAAAUGUUAGAGCCAAGUAACAUAGGAAACCCAAAGUGUGGUGAAGGAUUUGACCUGGGGCUGGCUGGGGAGACAGCGAAGCCAGGUGAGGGGUCUCUCAGGGGAAUGACUGGCCUGGAUCUGUCCAAGGAGAUCCUGGUGCCCUGUGAAGAGGAGCUGCUGGGAGAGAUGUUGGACCCAGAGCAUACAGGCAAGGAGCUGCUGGGGGACAGUGCUCUGUCAGACCAGCUUUUCUCUGGUCACCUGUGCCAGGUGCAGCCACUGACUCCUGAGAAGAAUGUGGAGGAACUGCAGCUGCUGUGUCAGAAGGAUCAGCAAAUUUAGUGGCUUACUGGACAGCACACUGCAAGCACUUCUCAGCCUGAGUGCAGCCCGACUUCCUGCAUGGCACCUCACGCAGCUGGCGGUGCACAGCAGAGAGGAAGCCACGUCCCAGGGCUACAGGACUCUGUGGUGUGGAAGAGACUGCUUUGCUCCUCCACAAGCCAGCUCUUUGCCAUUCAGCAAGAAUGCUUGCCUCGUUAAAUGAACAACAAUGCAGUCUGGGUACUGGCAUGGCACCUUCAUGGAGCAGGGACAUGGUGCUGCCUUGGUGUCCCAAGGGCUUUGUGCUCACUGGGACAGCAGCAUUAGAGGACUGGUACAGCCAAGGCUUUUAGGGUGGUAAGUCCAAAGAGGACAGAUCCUCCUGACCCUUUGGCCCACAGCCUUCAGAGAAAGGCAUUCUGGGCCCAAAUUAAUCAGAUCCAUCACAACCACCAACCUCUCCUCUCUGUUUCUUCCUUCUUCCUCUCUGAAAUCCCACUGCUGGCCACCAAAAUCAGGUCCAGAGAGUCCAUGGUAGGAAAACUAGCAAAAGCAGAAAGCAUUCUGAAUGAGUGUGGAAAAGAAGGGUAGUGAGGGUAUCAGGUUUGACUGCCACUUGCAAGGAAACAUCCCUUUGGCAUGGCCUUGGAUGUUUCCCUGCUGGACUGGGGCCGGCAGGAGCCUGGGCAUCCAGCCUGAGAGAGUGUGCAGGGAAGACACACACAGUUGUUUUCUCUCGUCCCCAAGGAUCAAGCAGGGUACAGCUCUGAGGUCUUGGUGACAGGGAUUAAAAGAAACUGCUAUUUUGAUAAUUCAGGACUAUUAGAAACCAAUAAGGAGAAAUCUUUAUUAUAUAAAAUGAAAAGUAUUUAAUGGAUAUUUAUGUAAAUGCCUUGUGAGCACAAGCCUGAGGGCAAGAUUGAUACGGGUGUCCCUGCCGCAUCCCGAGUGCCGGCCGGGGCUGUGCUUCCCACUCCUCUGUAUUUAUGGACAAGUCUGCGUGUCUGUCUGUAGCUAGGAUCUCUGUUUUUGUGAAGCUGUGCCCAAAGAUCUCUAUGCUGUGUUGUGACAAUGUGUGUUCACAGUAAAUCUAUGCUGU